GUUAGAUAUUCAGAAAAUGUUACACUAGCCGAAUUAUUCAUAGUUUAAUAGAGAAACAAAUAGAUAGAGUAAAGAAAAACAUUUCACAAUUUCACGAGCACAACCAAUUGAUUGUCUUUGUUCAAUAUUUCAGUUCAAUACACUAUUUCACUGUGAUUGGUUAUCAUUUUCCAUCGACAUGAGUAACAAUUGUGCACACGUGUCUGUGUGUGUGUUUUUACGUGUGCUUAUGUUGUCCCAACUUAUUUAUUUCUAAUUAAUCGAAUAAGUAGUGUCUUCCAGUUUACUGGUCUAUAAGAAUAUUUCAUUUUUUCCAACAUAAACAUAAAAAUGAUCAUUUCGAAUUAAAACUAGACUCAUUAAAUAAAUAUAAUUUACUACUGACAUGAGUUCAAAGUAUCUUCAAUAAAUCUAAACAAUCAAAUCUAAUUACUUUUCCAAGAAGAAAGUACAUCAUGUCAGAAUUACAAGCAAAUGAUGACAAUUCGAUACAAGAAGAAAUGAUGAAACGAACAGAAAUGUUAAAAGAACAUAUUGAAGGAAAUAUUGAGAUAUUGGACUACUUACAAGGAAUUUCAGGAUUGGAACGUGAUUUUUCAAAACUGGCAGAGCGUGUCAUAAAUACAGCUAUAACACUCAGCGAUCAGAAUAAUGUUGCGCAUCCAGAAAGAAUAUAUGAUCAGGAAACUGGUGACAAUGUUGACAGAUGUUGGAAAUACAUUUCUCAACUAUCUGAAGCAAUACAAUUUCAUAUCACAAAAUCACAUGAGUAUCACAAGUUUCAUCAUGAAAUUUGGGCAGCUCGUAUGGAAAUACAACAAGUUCUUUCGAGUUAUUCGCUAAUUCAAGAAAAAUUAGAUUCAUUAAGUUUGUUAACUGAUGAAGCUCUUGGAACAGUUAAAAAUAUGAUAGAAACUCAAUUGAGCAUAUAUACAAGACUUUCUCUCAAAUCAAAAGAAUUCUUGGCAAAAUCAUCAAUAAUGAGGUCAAUAUUUCUUCGUAACUCAUUAACUCAAGGCAAACAUUCAGCAUACUUGUUAGCCUCGCUACGUUUACCAUCUGGACAAUCGGUUCAUAGAGGUGAUUCUGUUAAAGUAUGGGGAAGUAAUCAAUUUGUAUCAAAAUUAAAUAGUGAAUGGAAUGCUGAAGUCAAUGAUGGUGAACAAAUAAAUAAUGCACCUUCAAUUUGUUUUUGGCUUACUUCUCCAGAACAUAGUCCAAUAUCAGAUAAGAGCAACCAAUUAGAGUCCUGUGAAAAUGAAGAAAAUCAUGAAACUUUAGGAGAAGUUUCAUCAACCAAAAAUGUUUGCAAACGUUUUCAUAAAGAUUUAUACAGUUCAUGGAAAAUCGCUAUUAAUCUCUUUGCAAAAAUAUUGUUGCCUACAUGUACGGAUUACAUAAAAAAACUUGAAAAUAUUGAUCAACCAAUCAUUGUGGAGAAUUCACAAGAAUUCAAUGACUUUUUAAAUACAUUACAAACUCUUCUGGAAUAUGGCAAUGAACCGGAAUUAGAAACAUUAAAAUGGUUAUCUCAUAGAUCUCAUAAAACAAAAGAUACUAUUAUACAUAUAAAAAGGGAGAAUAUUCACCACUUAACUGAAACAGUAAAGACAUGGAAGAUCCUUUUACAGAAAUUUAAUGAAGCAGUGGCGAAUACAUCCGAGAAUGAAGCUAAUGAUCAAAGUCUCACAACACUAAAAAACGAAGAUUUAUAUUUAAAGCUUUCGCCUUCAGUAUGUAAAGUAACAAAUAAAAACAAAACAAUGUAUCCAAAUGAAAUAAAUAGAAAACAUAAUGAAAAACAGCUAAUAACAUGUUUCACCGAGAAUAUACCUAAAACAUUUACAUUAAACAAGCAUACAACAGUACACGACCAUCGAAUACAUGAAUCUCCUCUCAUGAAAAAUGUUUUACGAUGUCAGAGUGACCAAAUGUUAGAAAAUCUUCCAAAUUUUGAUAAACAGACAAAAGAACUAAUGACUCAAAUUGAUUCACCAUUUUAUUCAGCUGUUGCUUAUUGUACAAAUUGUUCAGAAUUUCAUGAAAUCAGUUUAUUGUCACCGCUUAUUUGUAAACCAGAAGCAUCUAACUCAAAUUUGAAUUCUUCUAGCGAAGUAAGUGAUAUAUCAGAAGUUCGACUAAAAACGGCUCAUUCAAUGCCAAGUUUGUCUAUUGAAACUAAAGAUUCUAGUAUUGUUGAUGAUAGAGUAUCAACGUUUAGAAAUAAAAAAUGUAGUGCUAUAAAAAAACUUUCCAGAUCAAAGGGAACAAAAAAAUGUAGACCAUAUAGUUUAAAUGCUAGUCUCACUGAGACUACAGCAAGUUCAGGAUUUGAUAGUCCAUCGGAGUCUUCUAUCAGUACAAAAGAAAAAACAAGAUCUCAAAUGCAUGAUGAGGUUUACUCUGAAAGCCAUAGAAGUAGAACAAAUAAAAGAUCUUUUCUAUGGUGGUAUAAACGUGGCAAACGUACAAUUAAGGAUGAGUCCCAUGCUCCUGAAAGUCCGAAUACUGAGCCAGGUCCACCAGGUAGAAGGUCUCCAUUAAAUAUUACUCCAAGUGAAUCUGUUAGAGAAUGUAGUUAUCGUUCACCCACUCAGUUUUCAGACCUAAACGAAGAUCAGGGAAAUUUCGAUGAAAACAGAAAUUCAGCAGUAAGAUCAUAUAGUUGGAUACAACAAGGUACACCAUGGGGAUAUACUCCUCCUACUGACAGUAAAUGGUGGCCAGCUACGCAAAUGAUACCGGUUAAUGAUCGAGAAAAAAACAAAUUUAUAAAUGCUUACAGCGACAGAAUUAAAAUGAAAAGCCGAAAACAUGCAAAGAGAUAUUCAUUUGAAAAUGGUAUUAUUCACAAUGAAAGUCAAAUGUACAACACAAUUGAUUCAGGUAUUCAAACUGAUAUGGAGGUGUAUAUUUCAAGACAAUUAGAUACGAUUUUAUUAGAUGCAGAGUCAAAUAAUCAACGAAAUCUUAUAAGUUCAGAAACUGUGUGUCAGCAUUGUUAUAAAAAUAUACACAAAGUUUACAGUGAAGAUAGUUCUGUGCAAUGUAAUUUUAUAAAUGAUAUGAUUUUAGAGCAAAAGUUUUAUCAUUCAUCACACUCAAUUCCUAGUAAAACAGAAGAAAAAACUGACAGAGUUACUCAUCGUAGAUCUAAAUCUAAUGGUGUAAAAGUAUGGGAUGUUUGUUGUCAAAUUGGCACAGUAAAACAGAAUCGAAGUACUGAACCAAUUAAGAGUGAAGAUUUUCAUUCAUUAUUAUCUACUACCAGUGACCAAGUCAACGAAUAUAAUGAUAGUUCAAGAAUGUAUACAAGAUAUGAUAAAAGAUCAAAAAGUUAUGAAACAUCUUCAAGGAAUCUAUCUCAACUAACUAAUGCAUCUAGUACAAGAAUAUCAUCUCCGUUAAAAUUUUCUGUUUCAUGUCAAAUUGGACCAUCUUUAACAGUAAACAACAAUAUUACUCAUCCUAUAAAUCAAUUAUGUCAUGAUUCCAUAAAACAUACAAAAAAAUAUUCUAAUCAAAUAUGCAAUUCAUCAUCAUUUUUAAUGGAUUCACCAAUUAUGUUAGGUAAAAAGUUUCAAGUAAACUUACCUUCAUCAAUAUUCUCAAAUGAUAUUUCUACACAAAUUCAAACAGUAAAUAAACAAAUGAUUAUAGCUAAUGUAUCAUAUGUAAAAGAUGUAAUAAAAAGUUGGUUAAUAGAAUCACAAUCCAGUUAUAUUUCUUCUAAUAAAAUAAUUAAUAAUGAUAAUAAUAAUAAAGAAAUAAUAAAUCAUUUAACUAAAACAACCGAUUGUUAUGGAUUAAUUUUAUUGAAUGAAACUAGUACACAAAUUGGUUUCACUAAUAAUAAUCAUCAUCAUAAAUUAAUUCAUAUUGAUUCUAAUUUAAAAAAUAAUUCAGUACAAACUAAUCUUCCACAUAUAUAUAUUACUGAAACGAAUAUUAUACCAAAUUGGAAUUUAAAUAUUAAUGAAAAUAAUAAACAAUUUAUAACUGAAUCUAAAAUGAUAAAUCAAUUACAAAAACAAAAUAAAUCAAUGAAUUAUAUUCAAUCAUUAGGUGAAAAUUCAUCUCAAUUAAUAAUCAAUAAAUCAAAUCAACAAAUCAAUAACAAAAAUGAUAAUGAAAAUAUGAUCUCUAAAAAUAAUCAAUUAAAACAAACAUUAUCAGAAAGAAGAAUAAGAACAACAAGAAGAAGAAGAAGAACUGGAUCAUUGAAUGAUCAAAUUACUGUAAAUAAAUUAAAGAAAAUUCAUAAAAAUUCAAAUGAUUUACAUAUCAAACAUGAACAUAUCAAGAAAGGGUUGAUAUCAACAUGUGGUGAUUUAAUUAUGAAUAUAGAAUUACAUCAUUUAAAUUGUAAUAAACAUUCUAUGAAAAAUUUAAAUUAUUUACCAUUAUCAGAAAGAUUAAAUAAUUAUAAAUGGUUAAGUUUAUUUUCAUCAUCAUCAUCACCAUCAUCGUCAUCAUCACGAACCACAUCAUCAUCAUCUUUUAAUGAAUAUAAUAAUGAUUUAUGUAAACAUUGUCGUUUAAAAUAUUCUAAACCAUAUUAUAUCCAUAUGGAAAUGAUACCUAAUUAUCAAUAUAAUAAUAAUAAAUUCAAUCAUGUCAUAUAUCAUAGAUUACAUCAUUAUCAUAGAAUGAAUACUAAUUGUUCAAUGAUAAAAAGAAGUUUAUCUGCUGAUGAUUCCAAAAUAAACAUACAUAAAAGAGAAUGAAUUUAAAGUAAUAUCAUAAGAACAUAAUUAAAAAAAUGGUAGUUCACCUUCUAUUAUUUAGUCAAUGAUAAUAUGUGAAAUACAGAAAUGAAAAUAGUAACUAAAGGGGAAAAAAUAUACAAUGAAUAAAAUUCAAUAAACAUAAUCUACAUGAUUUAUAAUUCUAUACCAUGGCUUUGUUUUUGUUUUUUUCUUUCCUAUCUAAACACUUUAUUUUAUUCAUCGCUUUUUUUUCUUUGUUAAUAAGGUAUAAGAACUCGAACCAAGAUAUAUAUAUGUACCUGGUCUUAACAUUGUAGCUAAUUGAUUAGUUCAUCAGUUAUUACUAUGACUUCUUUUUUUUAUUCUUAUGAAUAUAUUGUUUAAAUAUUUUACACAAUUCAUAUUAUAUAAUGUUACUUUGUUCUAAUUGAAUAUAAAUGAAUUAUUAUUGUUUUUUCUUUAUAUUAUUGAAUUAAAUUCAUUAACUUGUUAGUAGUACAUUAAUAAUUAUUAUUUUGAUUAGGUUUUCUUUUAUUACUUUAGUUAAAUGAAUUUAAAUUGUUUGAAUUAAAUAAAGGAUAUUGAAAAGAAU